UCCUGUAGAGAACAGGAAGGCCGAAAAGGAUCCUUUAUAGCUGUUCCUUUUUGGCAACUGACAAAAUUAAACUGAGGCAUAUAAGCUCCCCAAAUGAAGAAAGCAUUGCAUCCAACUAUGAUCCGACAAGAUUCCAGUUCUCUCCAUGAUCAGCAUAAACCUCGUGCUAAGAACUACUUCAAAGUUGUAUCAAGGAAACUAGCUGGAGUUUUCACAGCAUUAUUGUCUGGGAAAAGAAAAAAGGGUAGAAUUGAUGUCAACAAGAUGCAAAAAAAUAACACCCGAGUCGAAAGAAUUUCCUUCUCUACUUCAACAGAUCAAUCGACAGCGAGCGAUGUAAGGAGCUCAGCUGGAUUCAAGUCUUUUGGUUCUUAUGGUUCUUCCAGUUCUAUGAGUGGACGUAUCACAACACCCAGUUUCUCCUUCGAAGAUAUCUGUAAGGCAACUGCAAAUUUUUCUCCCGAAAAUAAAAUUGGGGAAGGUGGGUUUGGAACAGUUUAUAAAGGGAGGCUCAAGGAUGGAUCUCUUGUUGCUGUAAAGCGUGCGAAAAAGGACAAGUAUGACCAGGGCUUACCACAACAGUUCAAGAAUGAAAUACUUACAUUAUCGAAGAUCGAACAUCUGAAUUUAGUAAGGUUAUUUGGAUAUCUGGAGCACAAAGACGAGCAAAUUAUCGUGGUUGAAUAUGUUGGAAAUGGGAAUCUCCGAGAACAUCUUGAUGCUGUAAGGGGAAAUGGGCUUGAAAUUGCCGAACGUCUGGACAUUGCGAUCGAUGUCGCCCAUGCAAUUACCUAUCUUCAUACGUACACAGAUCCUCCUAUAAUACAUAGAGACAUAAAAGCAUCAAAUAUCCUUAUCACAGAGAAACUCCGGGCGAAAGUGGCGGACUUUGGAUUCGCACGACUUGCUACAGAGGAUCCCACUGCAACCCACAUCUCGACUCAAGUCAAAGGAACUGCAGGCUAUGUGGAUCCUGAAUACACCAGAACUUAUCAGCUCACUGACAAAAGCGAUGUAUACUCCUUUGGUGUAUUGCUCGUGGAGUUGAUGACCGGAAGAUAUCCAAUUGAAUCAAAGAAACCGGUCAAGGAGCGAGUAACCGUACGAUGGGCAAUGAAGAGAUUAAAGGAAGGAGAAUUUGUGAUAGCGAUGGACCCAAAGCUAAGGAGAAGUCCAGCAUCAAACAUGGUGGUUGAGAAUGUCCUGAAACUGGCACACCAAUGCCUUGCACCAGUGAGACAAUCCAGGCCAACCAUGAAGAAAUGUGUGGAGGUCUUGUGGGGAAUUCGUAAAGAUUACAAAGAUAGAGUGUCUUCUACUACUGCUGCUUCUACCUCUCACUGUUCUGCAAAUUUUCCUUAUAGAAAUGCUAAGUCUGACAGGCACUUGUUUGGAAUACAAGAGGGUGACAGCUAUGGUUUUAUUUCUGCAUAAAAAUAGUGACUAGUGAGUGAUUUUUUACUUUCUUUUUUGGAAUGGUCAGUCAAUUAUUUCCCAUUCUUUUCCCUUUUGUGAACCUCAUCAAAUUCCCAACGUCGAAUGAAAUUGAAAUAUGAUGCAAAAAUGUAAACAAAAGAUUAGUGAAUGAUUUUAUGUUCGUACA